AUGACGGCAGGCCUAGAUACAUUUGCUGCCCCGUCGGCUCUGCAUCUCAACUUCCCACCAGCGGCUUCGGGCGUCUUUCACUCGCGCUCCAUCGCAUGCGUUAAAGUGCACCCCGUGGCUCUGUUUUCGAUCCUCGAUCACUUUUUGCGUCGCGACGCGUCGCAGCCUCGCGUCGUGGGCACACUGCUUGGUACACGCAGCGAGUCAGAGGUCGAAAUCCGCAACGCAUUUGCCGUGCCGCAUAGCGAAAGCCAGGACCCAUGGCAGAUCCAUCUUGACGCAGAGCACCACCGCCGAAUGCUCGACUUGCACCUCCGUGUGCGUCCGGAGGAAGUCGUCAUUGGAUGGUAUUCGACCAAUACGGAGCUGAACUCGAACAGUGCACUAAUUCAGGACCACUACUCGCGUGAAACGGCGCCGCACCAAGCAAUUCAUCUCACGCUUAAUACCAAUGUGGCGGACGAAUUCCAAGGUCUCGGUGUGCAGUGCUACGUAAGUUCGCUGCUCGGUGCGACAGUCAAGCCAGAAGAUUGCGCAUUUCUCUCGCUCCCUACCAAGUUGCUCUCUUCGACGCCCGAACAAACGGCUCUGCGGCAUUUAUCCUCGUCCUCUUCACAAAACCUCACAGACCUCGAUGCCCUCAGGGCAUCGUUGCAGGAAGUGCACGCCAAGCUCGAUCGUGUGCUCACAUACGUCCGCCAGGUGCUUGCUGGAGAGAUCGAGGGCGAUAAGGCCGUGGGUCGCUACUUGAGCGACACGAUUGGUGUCGUGCCUGCCGGCCUCGACGAGCCGGUGCUCGAGUCACUCUUCCAGACACAUCUGCAGGAUGUAUUCAUGGUCUCCUACUUGUCCAAGAUCGUGAGUACACAGGCCGAGAUGUCAUCACGCCUUUCACUCCUCACAUAA